AUUGAAAAUUAAUGUUUAGUUAGAACACUCUAUAAAAAGCUCAAAAAUAAAACCAGCGAUUUUAUCAACUACAAAUAUUAAGGAUUUGUAUGGAUUUGAAGUUGCUACAGCAGGUUGGGGAAUUUCAAACGAUGGUAAUGUUUCUGACAAAAUGGAGACUGUAAUUUUGUCGAUCGUACCGAGGAAAAUGUGUAUCGACCAUGUGAACAAAUGCUCAAACGCAUUAAUUACAAUCCCACAUUCAUUUAUAUGUACAGUUGCACAUCCAUUUGCAUUAAUAGGAAGUGGAGAGAGUGGUGGUCCAUUACUAAACAUGAAAUAUGAAGUCAUAGGCAUCAAUAUAGGAACAUGUCCGAAAUCGCAUAUCGAAUUCAAUCCAUUCGAAGUCAACAAUACUAUUCAUCAGAUGCCAAAGCACUCGUUGGACGUAAUAUUAGAGCAGCAAGAAGAAACGAAUUUACUUUUGUUGUAUCGAUUAGUGUUAAAAAUCCUAGACGUAAUCCAUUCCGCGACCAUCUGUGUACUGGAACAUUGAUUACAAAACAACAUGUUUUAAGUGCAGCACAUUGUAUGCGCUGUUCCUUAGUUUUAUGUCGAGUCAUAGUCGGAUCAACAAUUUUAAGUGAAGGUAAACGAUAUAAAAUUGAAUCGUGGAUUAACUAUCAACAAUGGGCUCAAGAGCAUAAUAAAGAAGUAGAGUAUAUAGACAACGAUAUAACUAUAAUAACGUUAGAACGUCGAGUGACUGAAGCAAAUGUUGAACCAGUUGUACUAACGACUUUGAAUGAUGAUAAUCUAAUUGGAUCGAAUGUUGUAAUAGCAAGUUGGGGACUUGGAAAUGAUGGGGUACUGUGCACUCAUUUGCAAACAGUUCAGUUAAGAGUUUUAACACGAGAACAGUGCCAAAGAGAAAUAGAGGCGAGUGAAGGAGAAGAAAUUGGUCCUGUUCCACACUCAGUUAUAUGCACGAAGGCUAAUCCUUAUGCAUUACUCGGCGGUGUAAAUAUCAAUGCUCUUUAUUCCCAUACAUUUAGUAUUACUUAG